CAGUCGCUCAGAUGUCAACUUCGCAAGCGUGCUGUCAUUUUCACCUUAAAAUAACAGUUUUGCUUGUUUAAUUUGUACGGAAAUAGUUUUAUUGCAAGUGAUCCUUGUAACGGCUUUGAAGCUGACGCCGGUGAACGUGCUGAAAGAGGAAAACUUGUUUACUCCUCUAAGAAUUAAUUCUUCCUGUACAUCAUCUGAAGGAAUCUCAGAUGUCCUGCUCCAGAUUUCAUCAUGAAGACCAAUAAGUCCUACAAGCUUGUGGUGCACAAGAAAGGAUUCGGUGGCAGCGAUGAUGAGUUGGUCGUCAAUUCAAAAGUUUUCCCUCAAGUCUGCUUGGGGGACAUAAUUGAGAUCGCACAUCCUACGGAUGAGUACAGCCCUCUGCUGCUGCAGGUGAAGAGCCUCAAAGAUGACCUGCAGAAAGAAACCAUCAGUGUGGACCAGACUGUAGCACAAGCUUUUAAAUUGCGGGCGUACCAGGAUGUCUUCGUCAGCAUCGUGGACCCGAAGGAAGUCACUCUGGAUCUGGUGGAGCUGACGUUCAAGGACCAGUAUAUUGGCAGAGGGGACAUGUGGAGGCUGAAGAAGAGUCUGGUCAGCACUUGUGCUUAUAUAAGCCAGAAAGUGGAGUUUGCCGGCAUCAGAGCCCAGGCCAGCGAGCUGUGGGUGAAAGGAGAGAAGGUGACCUGUGGAUACAUCCACGAGGAUACGAGGGUGGUCUUCAGGUCCACGUCCGCCAUGGUCUACAUAUUCAUCCAAAUGAGCUGUGAAAUGUGGGACUUUGACAUUUAUGGUGACCUUUACUUUGAAAAGGCCGUCAACGGUUUCCUGUCGGACCUCUUUGCCAAGUGGAAGGAGAGGAACUGCAGUCAUGAAGUGACGGUCGUUUUGUUCUCACGAACUUUCUACAACGCAAAGUCUGUUGAGGAAUUUCCAGAGAUUCUGAGAGGCUCCAUCAGACAGGACCACGAGGGGCGAUUUUACGAGGACUUCUACAGGGUGGUGGCCCAGAACGAGAGACGAGACGAGUGGACGUCUUUACUGAUCACCAUCAAGAAGCUCUUCAUCCAGUAUCCCGUCCUGGUGCGGCUGAAGGAAGCAGAUGGUUUCCCGGUGGGCUACAACUCCACCGCGGCUCAAGGGAACUACCUGGAGGCAAUCAAUCUUUCUUUUAAUGUGUUCGAUAAGCACUUCAUAAACCGUAACUUCGACCGCACCGGUCAGAUGUCGGUGGUCAUCACGCCCGGCGUCGGCGUGUUCGAGGUGGAUCGUCUGCUCAUGAUUCUGACCAAACAGCGUAUGAUUGAUAACGGCAUUGGUGUGGACCUGGUGUGUAUGGGGGAGCAGCCACUGCAUGCGGUCCCGCUAUUCAAGCUGCACAACAAGGCCAGUUCUGGAGACUCUCGACUGGGAGACGACUAUAACCUUCCUCACUGGAUCAACCACAGCUUCUACACCUCCACGAGCCAAAACGCCUGCAGCUCCUUCACCCCUCGGAUCAAACUGGCUGGUCACAUGCUCCAUGCUGAAAAAUUCAGGAGCAGCAGAGACCAGUCUCUCUGCUCCUCGAAGGACUCGGACAACAGCCUGCCCAUCCAGGUGGACUACAACGCUUACGACGCUCAGGUGUUUCAGCUCCCGGGUCCCUCGCGAAUCCAGAGGACCUCCAACCUGAGGGCCGGCCGGGAUAAGGAGUCCAGCGGCAGGAAGAGCUGGGGCUCGGUGGACGUCAGCACGGGGAUGGGCCUGUCUCCCGUCCGCCUGGGAGGCCACGAGGAGCAGCCCAGCGUGGCCUCGGACGACAGCCUGGGGCAGGAAUCCAACAUGCUGCUCAUCCCUCGCGCCCCCAUGGCCCAGUACGAAGUCAGCAGCUCUUUGGGAUACACGAGCACCAGAGAGCUGCUGGAGAAGAUGAUGGACUCUCAGCGGGAGUCCAGCGCUCCGGGCCGGUUCACGGUGGGGAGCGCCGAGUCCACCCUGCACAUCCGCCCGGGGGGCUACACCCCCCAGAGAGCCCUCAUCAACCCCUUCACCCCGUCCCGCAUGCCCGUCAAGCUCACCUCCAACCGCAGGCGCUGGAUGCACACCUUCCCCGUCGGCCCGUCCGGCGAAGCCAUCCAGAUCCACCACCAGACCAGGCAGAACAUGGCGGAGCUGCAGGGGAGCCAGCAGAGGGACCAGGCCUACACCUCGGCGGAGCUGCUGGAGCUGGCCUACCACGAGGCCACCGGCAGGCAACCGGCCUCCUGGCAGGCAGGAGAGAACGGUUUUCACUACGGCGCCGCCGGAGAGGAGUUCACUGGAAGUCCGGGAAGCAACAGCGCCGGCGGCGCAUCUCUGAGCAACUGCGGCUCCUCGUUUCAAGACCCGUCGACCGGCGGCGCCGAUCCAACCCUGCUGCUGUCUGCACCCCCGACAGUGCCCGGGUUCUGCUGCACAGUCGGGGUGGACUGGAAGUCGCUGACGACGCCGGCCUGCCUGCCGCUCACCACCGACUACUUCCCGGACCGGCAGACGCUGCAGAACGACUACACGGAGGGCUGCUACGACCUGCUGCCGCACAGCGACCUGGAGAGACGAGAGGACGACGCCGCCGUGAUGAGCGCCUCUCAGGUGUUUGAGGAGUUUAUCUGUCAGAGGCUGAUGCAGGGCUACCAGAUCAUCGUCCACACCAAUAACACCAAGCCACAGCCGGCCGUGACCACGCCGCUUGGAAGCAGUCCUCUUUACUCCAGAGGCCUGGUGUCUUUGCGUCGAGCCGAGGAGGAGGAAACGGUUUACUGGCUCAGCAUGGGCCGCACCUUCCACAAAGUCUGCCUGAAAGACAAGAUCAUCACUGUUACACGCUACCUGCCCAAGUACCCGUACGAGUCGGCUCAGAUCCAGUACAGCUACAGCCUGUGUCCCCCGCACUCCGACGCUCAGUUUGUGUCCUGCUGGGUGGAGUUCGGACACGAGAGGCUGGAGGAGUAUAAGUGGAACUACCUGGAUCAGUACAUCUGCUCCGCAGGCUCCGAGGACUUCAGCUUGAUCGACUCCCUGAAGUUCUGGCGGACACGCUUCCUCCUGCUGCCGGCCGGCGGCGCCCGGCGGGUGGCCGACGUGGAGGGCCACUGGGACGUGUAUGGCGAGGGCCCCUGCGCCGGCAUGGCUGGAAACGGAGACUGGAACUUGCUGGAUGGCUUCAUCCGAUUCCUGGAGGGGCUCAACCGCAUCCGCCGACGCCACCGCUCCGACAGGAUCAUCCGGCAGAAAGGCACCCCGCUGAAAGGCCUGCAGGUCACCAGUCCUCUCCUGCCGUAUCCCACGGAGCCUGUGGCGCCGCCGCAGGGGAAGAAGGGCACCUCGGCGUUGACGGCCCUGCUGGAGAUGGAGCAGAACCAGAAGUCUCUGGAGGAUCAGCAGCAGUCGAAGCCCUCGGCGGCGGUCGGCGACGCCUCGAGUGUCGUCUCGGCUCCCACGCACAUAGACAGCCCCCGAAAGGACACUGCCUUUAUUUUGGAUUUUAUUCGUAGCCCUCGCUCCUCCUACAUCUAUCACUCCCAGCUGCCGUCUGAAGCCGCCGAGGCUGCUGAAAAAGGAGCGACGCCCGGAGCGACGCCUGGACCACCAACGCAGCCUGCAGGAGACACCACGCCCGGCGCCGCCGACCCCAGUGGUCCGUCUGCAGGCGGGGCGCUCUACCUGUCCUCUUCCUCCACGCUGUCCGAGAUCCUCGAGGCCAUAAAGCAUCCUGUGACGGGUGUCCAGUUGCUGCCGGAGCAGAAAGGCCUGCCUCUGAACUGCUUCAUCAGCGCCGAAGUCGUUCACUGGCUGGUGAACAACGUGGAUGGCGUGACCACGCACGUGAUGGCUGUGGAGGUCAUGCAGAAAAUGCUGGAUGAAGGUCUGGUGGCUCAUGCUUCAGGAGACGCCAUGCGCUCCUUUGUUUACGGCUUCUACUUCUACAGAAUCAUGGGAGAGAAAGAUGGCCUGACCUCUCAGCUCCCCACCACGGUGGCCGGCGGCUGGUCGACGGCGGCGGUGGAGGACUUCGCCCUGUUCCAGAGGAAGUGGUUUGAGGUGGCGUUCCUGCUGGAGGAGCGGCGGCCCUGCGACCUGCCGGCCUUCCUGCUGCCGUGGCUGCCCAGCCGGCCGGCGUCGUACGCCAGCAGGCACAGCUCCUUCAGCCGCAGCUUCGGCGGACGCAGCCAGGCGGCCGCACUGCUCGCUGCCACCGUCCCGGAGCAGAAGACGGUCACGCUGGACGUGGACGUCAACAACCGCAGCGACCGGACGGAGUGGUGCAGCUGUUACUACCACGGGAACUUCUCUCUCAACACCGCCUUCGAAAUCAAGCUGCACUGGAUGGCCGUCACCGCCGCGGUGCUCUUUGAGAUGGUUCAGGCGUGGCACCGGAAGGCGGCGUCCUGCGGCUUCCUGCUGGUCCCGGUGCUGGAGGUGCCGUUCGCGCUGACGUCUUCGCUGUACGGCGACCCGCUGAGAGCGCAGCUCUUCAUCCCACUCAACACACACUGCCUGCUGAAGAACGGCAGCGACAGCCUGUUCGAAGGUUUUGAACCGGAGACGCACUGGGACCGGAUGCAGCUCUUUCAGGAGGCCAUCCUCUACAGGUUUGGCUUCGUGCACGAUAAGUUUUCUCCCUCCACUUUCAGUUUCCCGUCUGAGAACAAGCCUCAGUACAUCCAUGUGACAGGCACGGUUUUCGCGCAGCUGCCGUACUCCAAGAGGAAGUACUCGAGCGGGCAGCAGCGCCGCCGCAGGAACUCCACCACCUCCAACAGCCAGGGCGCGUUCGGCUGCGAGGACCGGGUGGGCUACUACUGGGCCUACAACACCAUGCUGACCAAGGCGUGGAGGAGCGGCGUGCUGGGCGACGAGCGGCUGGCCGACCGCCUGCUCAAGGACUUCACCGACUUCUGCUCCAACAAGGACAGCAGGCUGCUCCACUUCUGGGACAACUGCCAGGAGAAAAUGAACGCCAGCGCCCCCUGACCGCGGGGGGCCACGGCAGAAAGCGAGCCCGGCCUGGACUGGAAGAAACACCCAGCAGCGUCAUUCAGGCCGGUUUGAAGAGACUGACUCGGUCACAUUUUGCACACUGAUGUGAAUGAACUGUUGCUCCUGAGUGGUUUGGAGCCUGAGCCGCUGUUCAUCAGACUGAUGAUAUAUUUAAAAACAAGUAUGGCAGCAAUUUCAGUAUUAAAGCUUUAAGAAGGA